GCAAAAUAUUGAAAUGUUUAAUAUAAGUAAAAAUUAUUAACAUGUAUAAAAAGUUUUGAAGGCUUAAUAUAGAAGAAUAACCAAUCAACAAUGGUGAUGAAAUACAAAUCCAUUCAUAGAAAUACUGCCUAAGUGAACUGUUGAUUUUCUAUUUGCCAGUGUUAGUCUUGUUAUUUGGCAAAAAGACGAGUUGUUGAUAUCUGAUUUAUUUAAUAAGACGUUUUGCAUAAGAGUAAUUAACUCUGAAAGCAAAAUUUACACGUAAGAAUGGCCGAUGAAAUUGAAACUAUUCGUCUUGUCAACGAGGAUAUCGAGUGUAUGGAAGCAGAAAUAGAUGCUGAUGAUGUAGAUGAAGAAGGUUCCGAUGGAGUUAUAGUUCCAGAACUUCAGGGUACACUAUCCAAAUGGACAAAUUAUAUACAUGGCUGGCAAACUAGAUUUAUUGUUCUCAAAGAUGGUACUUUAUCUUAUUACAAAUCCGAACAGGACAGUGGAUUUGGAUGUCGAGGCUCUAUAAGUUUGUAUAAAGCUAAUAUUAAGGCACAUGAAUUUGAUGAAUGUAGAUUCGAUGUGUCUGUAAAUGACUGUUUAGUAUGGUACUUGAGAGCAAACAGCCCAGAAGAAAAACAACGUUGGGUCGAUGUGUUAAAAUCCUAUAAGUCUGAAUCUGGUUAUGGAAGUGAAAACAGUUUAAAACGACAUGGUAGUGCCAUUUCACUCGUGUCAAAUACACAAUCUAUCACAAGCGCCGGAAGUUUUACAAAACGUGGAAUCAGAGGAUUGAAAGAGAAAUUAGCAGAGCUUGAAACUUUUAGAGAUAUCUUGAUCAAACAAAUUGAUACUCUGCAAAAGUAUUUUGAUAAUUGUGCAGAAAAUGCUAAAAAUAUUUCCAUGAAAGAGAAUAAGGUUGAGACAAUGUUUAAUCCAGCUGUACAGUCAGUGGAUUUUAAAGGUGAAGCAAUAACAUUUAAAGCAACGAGUGAAGGUGUAUUAACAACAUUACAACACUGUGUUGAGCUGAUGGUUCAACGGGAAGAUGCAUGGCGUCGUAGAUGGGAAAAAGAAGUUGAAAAGAAGCGAAAAGUACAAGAACUUAAUAAAGCUUUAAAAGAUCAACUAGCAAUGCAACAAAGUGAUUCUCCAAGACCUCGAGUUCUUAUUCAUGGAGGUCCAGAUUACGAGGAAGGUCCACAUAGUGCUCUAUGUGAUGAAGAAUUUUAUGAUGCUGUAGAAACUGGUUUAGAUAAAAUUGACGAAGAAAAUCAAUUGAGAGAUCGUUUAAAACAAAAAUCAGUUUCAAUUUUAACUACACCUACUAUGCCAGCAGCUAAGCACAGACUUUGGCCAGAAAUCGAGAAAAUAACAAUGCAGCAGUUACAUUAUGCACGACUUGGAGUAGGAGCAGGUGGAUGGCAAUUAUUUGCGGAAGAUGGUGAUAUGCGAAUGUAUAGACGUGAAGAAGAAGCAGAUGGUUUAGUAGUAGAUCCAUUAAAAGCUUGUCACGUUGUAAAGGGGGUUACUGGUCACGAGGUUUGCGAAAUAUUCUUUAGUCCAGAAUAUCGUACAGGGUGGGAAGCCACACUUGAAGAUAUGACGGUCGUUGAGAACAUUUCAAAGGAUACUUUAAUAUUUUUACAAACGCAUAAACGAAUUUGGCCAGCAAAUCAAAGAGAUGCAUUAUUUUGGUCACAUAUGCGUCGAGUUUCUGAUGAUCAAGAUCCUGAUGCGCAUGAUUUGUGGAUAGUUUGUAAUCACAGUACAGAACAUCCCGAUUCUCCGCCAAACACAGGAAAAUGUGUAAGGGUGUAUCUGACUGUCUGUCUCGUAUGCCAAACCUUUAUUGAUCCUCCAAAAGAUGGUGAUGAAAUAAAAAGAGAAAAUGUCACGUGCAAAAUAACAUAUUGUUCUGUUGUAAAUCCUGGUGGAUGGGCUCCAGCAUCCGUCUUACGCGCUGUUUAUAAAAGGGAGUAUCCAAAGUUCCUUAAGCGGUUUACUAGUUUUUGUAUCGAUCAAUGUAAGGACAAACCAAUCUUGUUCUAAAGGUAAAUAAUAGAACUUCCAUAUUUUCCAUCCAAUUCCUCAUUUAUUACGUCAAAUCAACUUCGUGCGUUUGAUGUAUCAAUAUAUCAAACAAAAAAUUGGAUGCAAAAAUUUUUUUGGUAUAAAUGAAAGUGUUUUAUAUACUAUUUUUUUUAUUUGUUUAAUACGAGAGGAAGAGAGUGAGAGGGAGAGAGAGGGAGAGAGAGUGAGAGAGGGAGGGGGAGAGAAAGAGAAAACUUAAUAAGAAAAAUACAAAGUGUUAUAUUGAAAGUGAUUUAUUAAAGUGUAUAAAAGUACUAUUGUAUACACUUCCAAAAAAAACUUUAUAAUAUGGAACCACACGCGCUAAAGCACUGUUUGUAAAUUGUAUUUACUUCUUUGAAUAACAGCUUGUUACUUUAUUGUUAUACAGAAUGCUGUCAUAAGUCACUUGUACAGAUCUUAACAAAUUGAAUACAUACACAUUUAUCUAUUGUUACAUUAUAUAUUCAAUUAAACAUGAAACUGUAUAAUACAAAUUAUAUUGUUAUUUUUAUUUAUAUAUAAAGUGUGUACAUGAUACACGAUAUGAAGGUCGAAUCAAGAAACAUAAUAAAGACUGUUGUAGAUUUGCUGUAAUA